UUAUUUAGAAUUAGAAGAUAAUUGGCUUGGUUGCAUUGAUGAGUACAUAAAAUUGUAUGAUGGAGAAACAACAGCCAGCCCAUUGCUGUUUAAAUUUUGUGGAAAUGAAAAAAUUUGGAACGUUAUCUACACCACUGGACCAACGCUGUUGAUCAAGUAUAGAACUAACAAUAAUCGAUGGGUCGGACCGGGAUUUAAAGCAAAUUACUGGGCAAAAGACCUACCAAGCUACACAACUCACAUUGAUCUUGAGCUGAAUGUUAAAAAAAUAAUCAACAGUCCAAACUACCCCGUGGGGUUCACAACUAGCAUCAUGCACUACUGGUACAUCACCGCUCCUGUAGGCUCUGUGAUCACACUUCGUGUUGAAGAUUUUCAUCUGGAUCCCUCCGCCUGCAUUCAAGUCGUGACAACUAAUGUUCUGGGGAUGCCACGGUCACAGGUGGGGUAUGCUUGUGGCACUUAUAUCCCAAAAGUCAUCAGAUCAACCGGGUCAUACAUGACAAUAGCCACUAAACCAACUUUUUAUGAUCAACCUUUUGGUCAAGGAUUUAAUGGAACAGUGCAUGCACACACAUGUGCACCAGGGAUGUAUGGUAUAGACAACUGUGACAACGCUUGUAACUGUAGUGGCCACGCCUGGUACUGUGAUAAUGUGGAUGGCAACUGUUCCUGUAACGCCUAUUUUGAGGGACGACAUUGUGAGAUAGACAUUGAUGAAUGUCAGAAUCCAAAAACAUGCAAGUUGACCCAGACUUGUGUUAACGUAGUCUGGGGAUAUUAUUGUUUACCAGCCUGUGAUUUCACAUACACUGCAGACAUUGGUUUUUUUAAUUCGGCUGGGUACCCUAAUUAUUAUCUUGCAAACGAUCAAUGUAGCUGGACGAUUCAAGGAAAAACAGGAUCUGUUGAUAGAGAAAGAUGA